CCACUUCAAUUUCCUCACGUUCCUACUUUUAAUUUCCCCCAAAAUUCACAAAUGUUUAGCAGUACCAACACUCAAAUUAGCAACCCUAAACAUCACGACUUUUCAAAGCUAGUAGAUAUGGAUAAUGGUUGAUUCUUGGAUACUGCUAAUUAUUGACCACUAUCGUCAUUGUUGCUUCGUGUUUGGUGUCUGUUUUUUUUGCAAUUUUCAUGACGCUUUCUAAGCAACUUUUGGGGUCAAGAAAAGCUGCAGAGCCAUGUUUAACCCCAAAUCGCGAUCUUCUUCUUCUGCUGCUGAUGAUGAAGAUGGUCGUAACCGAUAUGUGGAAACCGACCCGACUGGUCGAUAUGGUCGGUUUAAGGAAAUUCUUGGAAAAGGGUCGAUGAAAAUCGUGUAUAAGGCAAUUGAUGAAGUUCUUGGUAUGGAAGUGGCAUGGGGGCAGGUCAAGCUUAACGACUUGCUCAGGUCUCCAGAAGACUUGCAACGGCUGUACUCCGAGGUUCACCUUCUCGGCACUCUCAAUCAUGAUUCAAUCAUCAAAUUCUACACCUCGUGGAUUGAUGUAGACCGAAGAACCUUUAAUUUCAUUACUGAAAUGUUCACUUCAGGAACCCUCAAAGAAUACAGAAAGAAAUAUAAUAAAGUGGAUAUUCGUGCUAUAAAGAUUUGGGCUCGCCAGAUCCUAUCAGGCCUGAUUUAUUUGCAUGGUCAUGACCCUCCGGUGAUCCAUAGAGAUCUAAAGUGUGACAACAUUUUCGUAAAUGGUCAUUUGGGAAAAGUAAAGAUUGGUGAUCUUGGGCUUGCAGCCAUUCUUCGUGGCUCCUGCAGAGCACAUACUAUUAUCGGCACACCAGAGUUCAUGGCGCCAGAACUUUAUGAAGAAAACUACAACGAAUUGGUUGAUGUGUACUCGUUUGGCAUGUGCAUACUUGAAAUGCUAACUCACGAAUAUCCGUACAGUGAAUGCACCAAUCCUGCACAAAUUUACAAGAAAGUAACAUCGGGUAAGCUUCCAAGGGCAUUUUACAAAGUCAAAGAUCUCGAAGCCCAACGCUUCAUUGGAAAGUGUUUGGUCAAUGCUUCAAAUAGGUUGUCCGCUAAGGACUUGAUGCUCGAUCCGUUUCUUGCAACGGAUGAAGAUGAACAGGCACCGUUUUCAAAAUAUGUCCAUCAGAAGCCAUUUAUCAACGAUGAUAUUGAAAUCGAGAAGCUGCAUUUGGUCAACGAUCCACCACGAACCGACAUGUCGAUUGCGGGGAAAUUGAAUCCAGAUGAUGAUGCCAUCAUUCUUCGGGUACAAAUUGCCGAUAGAGAAGGUUCCGUGAGAAACGUGUACUUCCCAUUUGACAUAUUACAUGAUACCCCGGAUGAGGUUGCGUCGGAAAUGGUGAAGGAGCUAGAGAUCACAGAUUGGGAGCCGUCUGAUAUCGCUGGUAUGAUCGAUGGAGAAAUUUCUGCUCUGAUGCCAACUUGGAACGACAACCCGCAUAGACCAGAUAAUUCCCAAAUCGUGAAUCUCAAUCAAGAUGAAGAUGAUGAUCAUCACCAUCCGUUCCGGUCCCUAUCAUCUUCCUCUUCGUCUCAGUUAUCUUUUUCAGGCAUGGCUACUCCACAACAAACCGAUGGAAUGGCGUCUGGCACUGAUUGGCUGCAAGAUCACAUUUUUGAUGACACAAGUUCUCAAGAGUCUGUAGUUUCAGGAACAUAUUCAAAUUUGAGUUACUGUUCGGCUGAAGACCGCCAUGAAUACCGUUCUUUAAGCCCUAUAAACCGAACCCACAACUCUACUAGAUUCAGCCAUGGAGACAAAGCUUCCCAGAAUCACGAAAAACCAUCAAAUGUCACCGUUGACCUUCAUCGAGCUUCGACAUCCAAAGGGGCUGCACCACGGCUAACAAGAAACCAAUCGUUGGUUGACAUGAGAAGCCAGCUGCUCCAUAGAUCUUUGGUGGAGGAAGUUAGUAAACGACGCCUGUCUAAGACCGUUGGCACCGUGGCAGACGUUGGGUUCCAGCUACCCGUUGACGGUUCCAGGUCACGACUCGGUUCUGGUCAGCGGCUCAGGCACAAAGGAAGAAGGGUUUAGUCCCAUCUGAAAGCUUAUAUAUAUGUGUGUGUUGUGAAAGGAGUUGUAUGUUCGGUUUCGGUCACGGUCACGGUCACGGUCCGUGGUCUCAGUCCGGUUCAGGUGCCAUUAGCAGUGAGGAUGGUAGUGUAUAUUGGGCUGGUUCCAAAGGGGUGCCCUUAGGAGACCAUUUCCUCUGUAAAAAUGACUAAGUUUAUAGUAUUGUAUAAAUUUUACUGCAUAAAUACAAGUGAUU